AUUGCCAUCUUCCAAGAAAACUUAAUUAAGGAUUGAAUUUCAAGUUUCGAUUUUAUGCAAAUACUUCCGCUUUCUUGUGCAAACGGCUCUGCUCCCUUCAUACUAAAUUAACCAACUAAGUUUGUUUUCUAAGCGACCUGAAGCAAAAUGGCAACAUCUCAACAAGAGGUGGACUGGCAAUCGACGAAGAAGACGGUGUUAGAACGAAGUCGUCAUAUGUUUAAUAAUCCGUUCAUGAGCGAUAUCGCGUUCAAUAUUUGUGAAGGCUCAGAGAAGAAAUUCUUCGCACAUAAAUAUGUCCUCGCCACAAGUAGUGCUGUAUUUUAUGCGAUGUUUUACGGCAAGCUGGCGGAGAAGAAUUCUGUUGUUCAUCUGAGCGAUACGGACGAGGAAAGUCUGGAGGAAUUUCUACGAUUUCUUUACACGGACGAGUGUAACUUGACAACACAUAAUGCCAUGUUCGUGUUGUACUUGGCCAAGAAGUAUAUCGUGCCCUCGCUCGCUCAGAAAUGUGUUGAAUUCCUUGAAGCCAACAUCGCAGUAGAAAAUGUUUCCACCAUCUUGCAACAAGCACUUCAAUUUAACGAGAAAAAGCUUGAAAAUAAAUGCUUGGAACUGAUAGAUUUGAAAACAAGCAAAACUGUCGCUUGUGAUGCAUUUAUUGAUAUUAAGGAAGCAACGUUAGCGCAUAUAUUGAAGCGAGAAUCGUUGACCGUCAGAGAGGUUGAUCUUUUCAAAGCAGUUUUAAAAUGGAGCGAAGCAGAAUGCUCAAGGAAGGGAAUAGAAGCGAAUGCCAAGAACAAAAGAGCCGCCAUGGGAAAUGCAAUCUAUCAGAUUCGUUUUGCUUCUAUGACCCUUCAAGAUUUUGCUCAGAAUGUUUCCCAGUCUGGCAUACUUACACCAGAAGAAAUGGUUUUAUUUUAUGAGAAAUUUAGCGGAGUAGAAAGAACGUCCGAAGUAUGGAAUAUGUCAGAAACAAGAGCAAAAGAAGAUAUCUUACUAAGAUGUUGCAGAUUUGAUAGCUAUGGAGAAAGUUUUGUGUCGAGCACAGUGAGCACUUUGGAGGACGCACUAGGUAUAUCAUUUAGUAAGCCAGUGAAAAUCCACGGUGUUCACUUGCUUGGCUGGAAACGGCAGGAAUAUAACGUGAAGUUAGAGGUUUGGUCUUGGAUAAUUGAAAAGAAAUUUCAUUCAAAACAGGAUAAUCGUCGUGUAUCAGGGUUUGAUGUCAUGUUACCCGUACCAAUCAAGGUUCGAGCGAAUGUCCCUGUUCAUCUGACGGCCAUCAUAACAGGUCGUUGUUGGACUUAUGUGAACGCACCGCGUGUGAGAAAGACCGUAGAAACAAAUGGUAUUACUGUAAGUUUUGAAACCAAGAAGGAUAGCGUUCAUUUUAAUGAAAUUAUCUUCAGUGAAAUGUAAAUGAGAUGCAGCAUUCUUACGAUUUUUGAGAUAAUUGAUGGUGUAAACAUUGUUAAUCACAUUUCAAAAUGGGGAGAAAGUAGAUGGAGAAAUGGCGAAGGGGUUGACAAUAACUAUGCCAUAGGGAGAUUAAAGAGAAUAUCACUAAUUUUGAGGACUGUAGGGACAAACUGAAACAAUUAUAACAAAAAACUUUGCAUCUUUAAGUGCGUCCAUUUGAUUUUUGAAAAAUAUAUCGAGCAAUACAUUUUUUAUAUGUGCUCACGAAAUAUAACACCCCCCCCCCAAAAAAAAAAAAAAAAUCAAAUGGUCUGUAAUGGUACUAGCCAGUUUCACAG